AUGCAGCUGAAACACUGGAUCCCACUGGCUCUUUCAGACUGUGGUCUCAUGGCCGCGUUGUUUCUACAGUCCUGCCAUAGUCUGGCAGUAUUGAAUCCAUGUCAGGAUUAUGCAGACAUGUCAACCAAGUACCGACUGCAGUGCAUCCAGUCAACGAAUGCCUCAUUAUCCAAGACGGCUACGCAGAUGAGCGAUGCCACUAUCGCCAAGGUCAUGAUAAUGGCAGUUGAUGAGUUUACACUUGGGAAUGUUGACGCGUGGCGUGCCCACCUUACGGCGAUUACCUGGAUGAUCGAGAGGAGAGGCGGUGUUGAUGCCUUGGGGGUCGGUGGAUUUCUCAAAGAAGUCAUUGUCAAGUAUGCCGUCAGUCAUUCCUUCUUCAAGCCCCAUGCUAAUUCGCUCAGUACGCCUAUAUUCUACGAGUAG